AUGGAUUCAAUGGAUCCAGAACAGACCCCUUUUGCGGCUGUGAGCGCGCAGACUUCAAAGAUAGGACGUCAAUACCAAGCUUGGCUAGAUAAAUCAACACCAUUUGUUCCUUAUAGAUGGCUCACCACUUUCGCGCUUCUGAUGAUGUUCUUCAUCCGCAUAUUCGUCGCACAAGGAUGGUAUAUUGUGGCAUACUCCCUGGGAAUCUACCUUCUUAACCUCUUUCUCGCUUUCCUCCAACCUAAGUUCGACCCCUCCAAUGAAGCUAUCGAUAAUGAUAUGGAAGAUGGGGCCGCUGGUGGAUUACCAACCAAACAAGACGAGGAAUUCCGCCCGUUCAUUCGAAGACUUCCCGAAUUCAAGUUCUGGCAUUCGGCGACGAGGGCAAUCGGAAUUGGUUUCGUUUGUACUUGGUUUGAGAUCUUCGAUGUACCCGUCUUCUGGCCAGUGUUGGUUGUUUACUGGGUGAUUCUGUUCACGUUGACCAUGCGAAGACAAAUUCAACAUAUGAUCAAAUACCGAUACGUACCUUUCUCGUUCGGCAAAACAAAAUACACCAAGAAUAGCUCGUGA